AUGGGCACAUCCCAUACAACAUGGCCUCUAUGGAAGACGAGCGGCCAACGAAACGCGCUCGCCAGGCUUGUGAACCUUGUCGGUAUGUCUAGUCAACUUCAAUCUGUGAUAUUCGAUCUGAUCAUCAUCCAGACGGAAAAAAUCCCGGUGUCCGGGGAGAAGCCAACGUGCUCUUUUUGCGAGCGUUUAGGCCAGAGAUGCUUCUAUUCUGGCGACGUGGUUGAAGACGGACUGGAGUUAGCCAGGAGAAAGGACAUGGAUGAUCGAGUUUCUCGUAUUGAGAGCACACUUGAGCAAUUAGUAUCAUACAUUACGUCCAACGGCCAACAAGCUCAAACUGCUACUACUAUUCAUUCUUCUGAGAACAGCCAAUGUACGCCAAAUCAGGUAUCCGCCCGAGAAUUACCACCUAUGAACAUUAUCAGCCCGGAACGCUCUCAUAGCGGCGGAGCUAUCCAGAAAUAUUUCACUUUUUGCCACGCUCAACCCUUAAGGUUAUUUCCUCAGACAGCAUCUGAAAGUGUGGACAAGCGAGACCCAGAAUUGGUGCUAGCGAUGGAGGCUCUGGGCUUGAGAUUUCACUUGCAUGGCCUGGAAGAAAGACUUUCAGACCUUGAAAUCAGAUCAAGGGUAAAGAAGGCGGGCCAGAUGGUAAUGAUGCGCAUCGCAGAGGGUAAUGUCGAGCUAUCAACAAUACAAACCAUGUGUCUUCUCAGCAUGUUGGAAUUUACAGCUGGACACUCGGUUAGAGCUGGGUUCUAUACAAGGAUGGCAAACUAUUUCAUGCAGAGCAUCCGACCCACCAAUCUUGAAUUUUUAAAAGACCUUGAAACAGAGACAGAUGAACGGAACUUAUGUCAUGCAAGUGUCAUGAUGCUCCAAAAUAUCCAAGGACCACAUCAGCAAUGGCCAUUUCGAGCUCAUGCAGAUCAACUAGCUCACCCGGAUAUCGCUAGACCUAUCUUCGACGCAUUAACAUCCAAAAUCGAUCUACGACGAGGUGACAGUGAUUAUAAGCUUGAUGUUGGCAUCAGCACUGCCACAUUGCACUCCAGUGAAAUUUGGUCUCUAGCCUGCAGUUAUGCGAUGGAUCAUAGCAGAGAUGGCACUAGUCCCCCUUGGCACCCGCAGUCAGACUAUGCGAUGAUUACAUAUUGGCACAUCGAACAUGAGAGUUAUAUGCCCUUACGAUUCCGACUUCACGCCAGUCGGUUCCCAGACUAUUCUCCUGAGGAGCUGCAUGCGCAUCGGCAUUACUGGGGGCCUUGGUUGUUCUUCCAAAUUGUUUGGCAUGCGGUUCCGUGUAUACUGAACCACCCAUUCCUUCUUUCUAUGCGACUGAGAAAGUUUAGACGCACUAUGCCCCAGUCGUUUUUGCGCAACUCUUUCGAACAACUCACUUUACACUCAGGUUGGAUCGUUCACUUUAUUGAAUUGGUUGAAGCCAAAAGCUUCGAAGUAUCGGAUCCAACGCUGGGCCAUUGUGUCGCGAUCGUUGCCACGAUUUACCUUCAGCAUAGCUUUGCUGACGACCGUAGCUUCAGCAAAAAGGCGCAAGCAGGGUUUGAUAAAUGUUUUCGUUUCCUACGCGCAAUGGGUCGCCGCUGGCCACACAUAGAUCGACAGGUCCAACAGCUAGAGCAACUCCGAGACAGCAUUUCUCCAGGGGGUUUUAUAUCAGACACCAGUACCCCUGGGAACUCACAACAAAAGUGGUCAGUGAACCUACAGUUACUGUGGAGAAUCCUGGUGUACUCUCAUGCGAGUAAAGAUCCAAAUCCGGCAGGCGAUAUCUUCGGUCCUAGCCUCGCCAAGGAAAGCUCAAAGGACAUGGGAAUAUCAUCAGCCGGUGUGAUUGCAGAGCAGGAUUUUGCAUUGAUUGGAUCAGCUGGUAUUUCAGGGCACAAGACUGUCGCAUCAGAAUGCGUCACAUAUCCUCCCGAGCAGGCCGAGCAUCUAGAAGCGGGUACCGAGUCAUCCACCAUGGAUCCCUCGGAACUUGCCAGAGGUUCCAAUUUGAAUUUUGCGGGCGAGGAAACACUCAUGCUACAGCUCCAGGAUUAUGAUAAAGCAUUUGAGGAUUGGCUGAGCUUGAACCCGCCGUGA